GCCGGCAGGGGGCGGAGGGACGGAGGGAAGAUGGCGGCCGAGGCCGGAUAUUGGCGCCGCCUCCACCAGUCGCGGAGCCGGCGCAGAUGAGGCGGCUCGGCUGGGGCCAGCGGCGCUUCGCAACCCGAGCCGGGGGGACCCUGGCGGUGGGGCCUGGCCCUGCUCUAUGCCGGCGCCUCGGCUAGCGUGAGCGGCGGCGAUAACGCCUCUCUUUCCCCCACGCUUCCCCUGCGGCUUGGGAGUCGGAGCGGGCGGCGCGGCCGGCAUGGAGGACGUUAACUCCAAUGUGAACGCGGACCAGGAGGUGCGGAAGCUGCAGGAGCUGGUGAAGAAGCUGGAGAAGCAGAACGAGCAGCUCAGGAGCCGCUCGGGAGCCGUGCAGGGCGCAGGCCUCCUCGGGCCGGGCAGCCCUGUUCGGGUCGGCGUGUCCACCCCCUGCUCGGGCGCGGCGUCCCCUCGGGGCUUCCCGCUGGGCCUGGGCGCCAAGGCGGGCGGCGGGCCGAACUCGGGCCCGCGGCGGACCAGCAGCGAGGACCUGCGGGACGCCGCCUCCUUGCUGGCGGCAGGCGAGGGCGGCUUGCUGGACGAGGUGGAGCCGCUGCGGCCCGACGAGCUGGAGCGCCUGUCAGGCUGGGAGGAGGAAGAGGAGAGCUGGUUGUACUCAUCACCAAAGAAAAAACUCACACCAAUGCAGAAAUCUGUUAGUCCAUUAGUUUGGUGCAGGCAAGUUUUGGAUUACCCAAGUCCUGAUGUGGAGUGUGCUAAAAAGUCCCUUAUCCACAAACUUGAUCAAACUAUGUCAGCUCUCAAGAGGCAAAAUUUAUACAAUAAUCCUUUCAACUCUGUGAGUUAUUCAAGUCCUUAUAGUCCAAAUGCCAGUAGCCCUUACAGCAGUGGCUUCAACUCUCCAUCCUCAACACCAGUGCGACCUCCCAUAGUCAAGCAGCUUAUACUUCCUGGAAAUUCAGGUAACUUCAAAAGCUCAUCAGAUAGAAACCCUCCACUCAGCCCUCAGUCCUCUAUAGAUAGUGAGUUAAGUGCUUCAGAAUUAGAUGAAGAUUCAAUUGGAUCCAACUAUAAGCUAAAUGAUGUAACUGAUGUGCAGAUUCUAGCCCGGAUGCAAGAAGAAAGUCUCCGGCAAGAGUAUGCAGCCACCACCUCUCGACGCAGUUCUGGUUCAUCGUGCAAUUCCACGAGGAGGGGCACUUUUAGUGACCAGGAACUGGAUGCACAGAGCUUGGACGAUGAAGAUGAUAGUAUGCAUCAUGCAGUGUAUCCUGCCGUUAGUAGGUUUUCUCCAUCACCGCGAAAUUCACCCCGACCGUCUCCUAAGCAGUCGCCUCGUAAUUCACCUCGUUCGAGGUCUCCUGCCCGGGGACUAGAAUACAGCAGAGUGUCCCCACAGCCUAUGAUUAGCCGUUUGCAGCAGCCUCGCCUCUCCCUCCAAGGCCAUCCCACAGAUCUACAGACAAGCAAUGUUAAAAAUGGAGAAAAGCUUAGACGCAGUCUUCCAAACCUGUCCCGAACAUCGAACACACAGGUUGACUCGGUGAAAAGCAGUAGAAGUGACUCUAAUUUUCAAGUGCCAAAUGGAGGAAUACCUCGAAUGCAGCCUCAGGCCUCAGCCACUUCUCAAAGGCUGAAAAGUUUGCCUCGUUCUUCCCUCAAAGCCAAACAGCUGCUUCCACCUUCAUCUACAAAAAGAGUACCUUCUCCAGGCAAGUUCCGCUCCCCCGCAGCGCCAUCGCCAUUGGCUUUGCGGCAACCAGUGAAAGCAUUUAGCACCCAUGGCUCUGGUUCUGGUAGCCAAGAAACUACACAGUUCACACAGACCACCUCCUCACCUGGGCCUCCUGUGGUGCAGAGCACAGUCCCGGCAAACCCUUCCAGCAAUAUCAACAGCACCACUCUCACCAGACCUGCAGGGACGGCUGCAAUGAGGAGCGGCCUGCCCCGCCCGAGCGCCCCUUCUGCGGGGGGCAUACCAGUGCCUCGCAGCAAGCUUGCACAGCCUGUUCGCAGAUCGUUGCCAGCUCCUAAGACCUAUGGUAGCAUAAAAGAUGACAGUUGGAAAGAUGGCUGUUACUGACGGGCCGAGAUGAGAACGCGGAAGUCCACAGCUUCAUGGAUACCCCUUCACCGAGCCGAAACCAACUUCUAUACGCAGACUCUUCAGAUGAGACUCUCGGGGGUCGUAAACUCCCAGCCUCUCUGUCUUAAAUAGCACAAACUGACAGAGACGAUGAAGCAGCACUUUAAUACACGUGGCAUCGGAUGUGUUUGGUAAUCAUGCAAUCACUCUCCAUGGAGUCACUCUUACUUUUGCUCACUAGAAACACGGUUCAUUUUUUAUUAUUUGACAGAGGCCAAUAUCUGGGCAAAUACCUAAUGGAUGCCAAAGAGAAAUGCCCAUUUGUAAAGAGAGAACCUUUGUUCAUGGGAAGAUGGUGAAUUCAGGCUAUCCAAAACCUCAUGGUCAACCUAUUUUACUGUACAAAUAGUAUCAAUAAAUACUGUGUUAACAAGAACUAAUAUUCUGACUAAUUACAUUGUUUUAUUAGUCCUUCAGGGUACAGUAAAUUAUAAAGAUUGGAAGGGAGAAAGGAAAGACCUAAGCUAAAGACUUAAAACAUGCUACCUGUGUUUAGGAAAGUUUUACAAAUUACUUUUGCAGGCUCAUGGGAAAAUUAUAAUUGUUUUAAAUCUUUUGUUUUAGACAUAGCUCACACAUAACCAUGUCCAGCUGGUAUCACAGUGCACACCGCUGACCUGCAUCAGCAUCUCAGACUUCUGUGUGCUUGCUUUGAUUGCCGAAAGGGCUCACUAUCAGUUACACGCUCUUUGUGAACUCUGUAGCUCCUGGCUCAGGAAAGGUGGCCUCUGCUGUUGAAGCCAGCCUACCCACGUGCUGUUCUCUGCCACAACUCAAAGAUCUUGUUCCCAUUACUAGGCUCCUUUGAUGUGAGAGAACAGGAAUAUGUGUCUUUGUUCUUGACAAAAAUAACACCUCAGAACUUAGCAGCUGGAAUAAAACCAUACCACAAGAGGAGAGGAAAUCUAUGCACCUAACUACCAGAACCUCUGGUGAUGACGGUUGUGUUGUUGCUCUGAGUGGCAUAGCGGUCUGUUGUGUGCGGGCAGUCCGCUUCAAACUGAAUAACUGUAUGAAGUAUCUUUUCAAAACCCUGUCCCCUUUGACUUCGAUUCUGCCUUACGUCAAUGUUUCCAUUGUUUGGGGUCAGACCAUCUGACUGUAAUUUGCGAAAUAUUUGCUCUCUAAUGGCAUAUGUGUGUAUAGAUCCCCUUGAAGUCAGCUGUGUCGGUGUAUUGGGUUAUUACCAAACUGUAACUCCAGCUGACUUCUCAGUUUUGAUAAUGAGGUCUGUUUUUAAAUACUUAAUCUGGACUGUUUUAAAGUCUUGGCAUUUGGGUCACGUAAAGGUGAAGGGAUUUGAACUCUCUUCCUGUAAGUAGAGGAUGUGUGUAAGUUGGAAGUAGACAUGCAGAGAGAAAGGGAAGGAAAGCUUCCUGCUCAGGAAAGCAUCAAGGUAAUGAGGACAGAGACCCAGUCUGCCAUGACUGAUGGUGGACCACCAGGGAGACAUUCAGCCAGCUAGCAGCAGCAGCCACCAGUGCCGGGAACUUCGUGUAGAAUGGAAGGCAUUGUGUUUUUGCAUUAGAAGGGGUGUGAGGGAAAGGAGGGUCACAGUUGUCCAUAAUGACGAGCUGCAAACUGCUGCUUUUCCGAGGAAGAUGAAGCAUGUGCUGUGGCGGGGAGUGUCUCAUGUGUCUGAGUAACAAAGUUGCCGCUGUCUCUGUGGAAUCACAUGUGCACACAGCAAACAGGUCUCUGUUCAGUGUAACAGUUCACAAAAAUAAUAAAUGCUGCAAUUUAGUAAUUUAAAGGAACUUUAAUGAACCAUCUAUUAAAUUUUUUAAGUUAGAUAAUCAGUUUCAAAAGGAAUAUUCAGGUUAUUUAAUGUUGUUUUUAAAUGGCUGCAUUGGAAAAAUAUCUAUUUUUUUUUAAUUAAACUAUUUCAUCACUUGUUUAAAAAUGUAUUUUGGAUCUGAGUUUAGUGAUAUUAUUUUACCUGCUGCUGUACUACCACAGACUAUUGGCUUUUAAUUUCCUAAAGAGAAAAAUUGCCUUUUUACUAGAAAGCCUUUGUGUUUUGCCAGUUUUUCUGUUUGGGAAAAUCUAAGGAUUUGCUGUGGUUAGUUGUACAGAAGAAAUGUGGAUUUGAUAAACUAGUGCCUAUGAUUUUAACUUAUGUUCGAUAUAGAGUAGUAAGGGGUUAUGAAUGUUGAUUAUUUUGUGCCAACAGCCCAGAAUUGUCACUUAUAUGUCAGCAGAACCUAUGACCUCUGCUUCCAAAGUUAUUUAAUUUUCUCAGUGUUUGGAUGUUAUUUUUUGUAAGUGUGUUAAUAAAAGUGUAAAGAAUUGGAAAAAUAUAAAUAUUCUUAACUCAAGCAUUUGCUGGAUCAUUUUUCUACAAACUUGUUUGUAUAGUAUAAAGCUCUCUGAAGAGUUGGCUCUUCUCGGUUUUCAUAUCCUGGAAAUCACAUUUUGUAAAACUGGGGACCAUUCAUAAUUGUCAGAUACUUUUUUAAAUUAUCUCAGAACAUCACUUUUAUAUAGAUAUAAAAAAGUUUUUUUGAAAGCAAAGAGAAUUAAAUGCAUAUGUGGCCCCAGGUGUUUGUAUAACUCUAGGAUGAUCUAGACUCUGUGUGUUCAAAUUGACGUAAUUCGCUGUACAGUGUCCAGUUCUGACAGUACGAUGCAUGGUCCUUUUAGAUCACAUGAAGUUUGAUUUGCAAACAUUUCUAUAGAUGAACUUGUAAUAUGUGGUUGCCUCCUUAAUAAACAGCCUGACCAUAAUGUUUAUUAUUAAAUCUAUAUUCAUCUUUCAAGUGUUUUAUUAAUUUCUGAAUAAGGCAAGAUUCCUUCUCUCAUCCCAACCGCAUUACCUACAGUUGGUCUUAAUAAAUUUCUCCGCUGUU